CUUUUUUUAUUAUUUCGUUUUUUAAUCUAAAUCCAAAAUGCAGGCAAAAUGCAGCAUUUUAAAGAGCAUUAUGCCCGUAAAAAUAUACAAGUCAACCAGUGCCGUAUACCUGACCUGCAUAUCGAAGAUCUCGGUAUCGGCUUUUGUGCCCGAGUGCAAUCAAAAGCUGGUGGUGGAGAAGGCCAUUGUCCAGGCCCUGGACGAAAGCAUGAUGCCGCAGGCGUACGCCGACCGGCAGCAGGAGGCCGAGGAGCUGAUGCACCGUUCUCAGACAAACUUUCGCAAGCUGAUUGCCGAACGGAGCAAGACCGGUAAAAAGAUUCGUUGGGCCCAAAAUACCCAAGUAAUGGCAAGUAACAACGAGUUGGCAGUCGUGCCGCAGUCGUCUGCCAUCAGGAAGCUGGCAUCCGGGGAGCCCUCGGAGAGGGGUAAGGCCGUCAAGAAGAAGGUGCGAUGGGGACAAAAUACCCAAAAGUGCUUCAACAAGGAACUCGAAGCCACACACCCGAUGCCCGUUACCAAUGUUCCUCUCAAUGAUAAUCGCACCUGCAAGUCAUAUCGUCGCAGCAGGCCCAAAAAAAGGCGCAUUCGAAUCACACUGCCGUUCAUCGAUGUUGCGGCAAUUUUGGAGUUCAUCAAAAUUCUGCUUCUGAUGAUCGGUUUGUGCAUUACAGUCUAUCUGAUGGCCGAUCUAUCACAAUGAGUAUAUUUCCGCCCUGUUUUUCCGCUUGUAAUUUUCUUAAUGGAAUGUGAAAAUGUACAAAUGUGAUUUGUGAAAUGUCUGGCUGUGUCUGUGUCUGUGCCCGUGUCUGUUGCUUUAAUUUCCCCCGAUCGAACCAUCAAUCAAGCAAUGCGAAUGCGUUUAGCAAAACAAAGGCGAAUAAACUGAGCUCAAAGACCGGGAAAAUUUUUGUAGGAAAUGCCGCUUAUGUAAAGUAGAAUAUCCGCCGGGGCGACCCGAAGUCCAAAACGGAAGCCAAGGUGCGAAAAACAAUAAAAAAA